AUGGAUGUAAAAGCGGUCGAUCAAAAGCAUAAACGAGUGAAAUCGAAUAAGCAUAAAAGAAAAAAGAGAGCUCCGAGUAAAGUUGGAAAGCAGCACAAAAGUAAAGGAACUCAUCACAAAAAGGGGCGAAAACCAUCGAAAUCUCGCUCGAAGAGCAAAAAGAAAUCGGGAUUUUUGUGCUGCCGAAAGAAGCAGAAGAAACGAAGAAAGAGUAAAAGUAAAACUACAAAGAAGCAACCGAAGAGCAAGCCGAUUAAACAGUUGGCACCGGUGCCAAAUGAGCAUCUCGGAGGCGUUGUUCUUGUGAAGAAUGGAAAGACUCCAACAGGAGGAACUCCGGCUGCUCAAACACCAAUAACACCACAAAAACAAGAAAAAGCUUCGUCAGAACCACUAACACCAGAGAAAGACGGAGUGAAAGCCCCAAAAACUCCACAAUCUGGAGAGGAGGUAAAACUGUCGAAAAAGAAAAUCGGCAGUGAUAAAGAUGGUGAUAAAGAAGAAAAAGUGGAGAAUAACAAAAUGGGGGAAAAUGAGAAAGAUGAUGAGGCACAUUCAGAUGCAAAAGAAGAGGUUGAAAAAGCAGGGGAAAAGAGAAAAAAGAAGAACACGGAAAAUAUGAAUCUGGAUAAACUAUUGGAUGAGGUAGAUAAAGCUGAGAACAAAAUAAGUAUUCUGAAGCCGUUCGCCGAGAAAGUGGUAUCUCCAGAUUCGACUGUUGCAGCUAAUCAUUUCUCCCAAGUUUCAUGCUACAUCCCACCUCAUGUCACCAAACGACAUUUUGUGGCCAACAUGAGCAAAAAUCGUUUCGCCGAUGUCAUAUGUCUAGAUCACUCUCGUGUCAAAUUGGCUGAUUCCUCCUAUAUCCAUGCUAACUGGUUCGAUGUGAAUAGUCAAAAAAGAACAAUUUUGACCCAGUUCCCCCUACCACAUACUGCUUCUGAUUUCUGGCAAAUGGUGAUUGAACAGAAGGUUAAGUGUGUGCUUCUGAUAAUGACAGACCAGGAAUACAAGCAUUUCGGAGGAAAUCUCAUAUUCUCGCAGAAUCAAGACUUUUUGAGUUUUGAAGACCGAUCGAUUCGAGUUGGAGAGUUUAAGGAAAUCGAGUUGGGGAAAGGAUGGGUUCUAAAAGUGAUCAGUGUCACUAACGGAAGCUACAAGUCAUUUGUUCACAUCCAUCACUACAAGAACUGGCUUCACGAUUCGGCUCCAAGCGAUUCGAAACAGAUUUGGCAGGUGCAGUCGUACCUUCAGAAGUACACAGAUCCGCACGUCUACAUGAGUCUAUCUGGGUGUGGAAGAGCCGGAACGUGGGCUCUUUUCGAAACAGUCAACGCAGGACUUCACUGUGAACAGCCGACAUUCAAUAUGAUCAAAUCUCUGGAAAAUCUGCGUCAUGGACGACUCCAUUCUGUUCAAAAUCUUGCUCAAUUCUCGUUUGUCUACACAAUGAUUGCUGAUAAAAUUCUUGGCAAGGCUCCGCCCACAGAAAGCAGCAAGGAUCAAGAGAGCAGUACAGUGGCAGCUUUGAGACAACUAACAAUUCAAUGA